CAGUUAUACACUAACUGUACAACAAGUACAAACACAAUACAAAAAAGAUAAAAAACCAAACAUAUUAAAAAACACGCUACACUAAAACACAACACUAAAGAAACACACCCUGUGUACAACUUAUAAAUAAAAAAUAAAACUAGAAGAAGAUCCAGCACAAUGGCAAUUAUUGGCGACUUAAGUGUACUAAAAUUCGACACCUAUGAGCAAUAUCUGGGCUCGUUUACCAGAAUUGAGGAAUAUCGCUAUUUGGGCAGCAAACGUCUCGUAAGAGCGGUGGUAAAACUUGGCUAUCGAACCAAUGCCACAAUAUAUGAUGAGGAAGAGUUUUAUGUUAAAAAAAAAAAAAUUUUGGAAGCGAUUAACCCCAAAUCAAUUAUAACUACGCUUUUCAGUUGUUAUCUGAAAGGUAAAGAUCCGGCGUUAGUUGCCCUGGCCGAGCGAGAGGCGCGCAACAUGCAAAAAAAGCUAUCGACCAUUAUCUUUCUGCAAAUACGGCAGAGCAGUGGCUUCGAUAUAUCGGGUUAUAUAGACUAUGCGGACAGCUUACGCGCCUGUAGCCUGCACAUGCUUGGGGCUGCAAAUUGGCGGGCCAUUUUUGAGGGUCGCACUCUGCUGCGUCCCAAUCGCACCCACUUGAGCUUUUAUGACUGGCACAGCGGCAAUGUUUCCUUCAAUCAUAGCGACAACUAUGAGGUUAUGCCUCUGGGAUCCUCGCUUACGUUCAAGCAUAAAGGCGAUCACAAGAUCAUUUCCGUGACGGUGGUUGAUAGUCCCCAUAAGGAUAAUAUGAAGCGCACUUUCAUUCAGUCGCCUUUGUACGGUUGGGUCGUUUUAUACGACCAUGUCGUUAGAAAGCCUUCUUAGAUAGCUUACUAACUCUUUUAUAAAUAGAUAACAUGUUAACAUUGUAUAAACACAUAUUUCGAUUAAAAAAACUGCACAGAUUUAUAAA